CCAACGUUUAUAACAAUAGCCGGGGAGUAGUAGAUGUUGAGCAGAGUUCAAAAGUGAAUGUAACUAUAUAGCUGAAAGCUGAUCGGUACCUGUUGAAGUUCUAUAUUUAUUUUCAUGCUAUUGCUGGAAUCCUAUCGAUAGAUUAUCAAAUUUUCUCAAACUGGGUUUUUAUCUUUGUUUUAUGCAACCGUGCAUAUAGCUUUCUCAAUGGAUUACUGACUUAUUGAAGAGUUAAACCAGUAAUCGAGGAGCAUUGGACUAGAUAUAUAUAUAUAUAUCCAGGUAUGCUAACAGUGUUAGAGGUUAAAUGGUAAUGUAAAAAUCUGCAUAAACAAAACAGGAUUUUUCAUACCCGAUCCACGGAAUAUAAGCUCGUUUUACGACUUAUUUACGACGUUAUCUAUUUAAAGCAUUAACAAACAAAGUUCAUGUGAACUACUUCUCAGUGUUUUCGAUGACAUUUAUAAACUCAUAAGCAACUUUGUUCAAACUAAAGGCAAAGAACAUUAUGUUGAAAGGAGUAGUUUAUACGUUGGCAACCAUUUCUAUGGUGAUGGGUGUCCGGGUGAAGGUUGCAGUAUACGAGCAUGUUGUGAAGUCUCCCGUGAACGCUAGCGAGUAUUUUACCCGGCACGAGGCGUUCUCCUUUAUGUUGACCAAUCUUCAGGUGCUCGCACGUGAGGCACGGACUUCCGCUCACCAGGGAGCCAGACUAAUAGUGUUCCCGGAGUAUGGAAUAACUGGGUUCGACCAUUCCAGGGACACGAUGCAGCCUUUUCUCGAGGACGUCCCUGAUCCGGCUGUGGCAUGGAACCCAUGCGAGGACCCUGAGAGAUUUGCCCACACAUCCGUGCUCCGCUAUAUCAGCUGCGCGGCCAAGAACUCCUCCAUAUACAUUAUCGCCAACAUGGGAGAUGUCAAACAAUGUGACGUCCAUAAGGAGAAGAGCUGCCCAUCCGACGGACGGUAUCAGUUCAACACGAACGUCGUAUUCAGCGCUACGGGCAAUUUGGUUGCGCGAUAUCACAAGCGCCACAUGUACGAUGAAACCCCUUUGUUUGACCCGUCCCCUACCGACGAGUACGUGACAUUUGAGACGCCAUUUGGAAAGUUUGGAACUGUAGUGUGUUUUGAUCUCUUACAUUAUUAUCCUACACAAGAACUUAUUCUCAAACAUGGUGUUCGAAAUAUAAUCGUCACUUCCGCCUGGAACGUGUUUUAUCCGUUUGUAACACCGUUGCAAAUGUACGCCGGUCUUUCGAAAAGAAACCAUGUCACAGUUAUAGCUGCAAAUAUAAGAAACCAUGAGUACGGCAUGGCUGGAUCAGGGAUUUUUAGUCCUGAAUCGGAAACGAGUACAAGCACAGACUUCAUGAGUUCACAGGGAGCACUAUUAAUAAGCGAAGUUAACACUGACACGACGACUAACGAUGUGCUGGAGGAUUUGAAGUCCUUUGGACCUAUAUCAAAAAUAAGAUCUAACUUAAAUGAGUCUUAUACGGACACAUAUGAUUACGGCAUGAACAUGACAUUCGCGGUCUUGGAGGGACAAUCGGGCUUUGUUGCCACGUGUUUUGAUAACGUGUGUUGUGCUGUCCAAUUCCAAUUUAGAGAACGCGCUAUUGAUGAGAUGUACAUCUUAAGUGCAUCAGAUUUUGCCAAUGACUAUCCGGGCAUCAUCCACUUGCAGUUCUGUGCAAUCCAUCGUUGUUCUUCACAACAACUUGAUUCCUGUGGAGAAGCUGUGUUCGAUACAUCGUCAAUAUUUUCAUUUCUCAAACUCCAAGCAUAUUUUGAUCCAGGAGUCUUAUUUCCGUUUGCGUCCUCAUCUGCGUCUGACAAUUUUCAAUUUUACAUGGAACAAGAGAAAUAUUCGUUUGACGAAAAAGCGGCAAUUUUACAGAGCAGUUCUUUUGAUCGGCCAAUGUUAGCUGUGGUGCUUUUCAACAGUCUGUAUGAAGACGAGCCUCACAUGGGAAUGUCAAGCCGGGCUAAUUCGGUAACCGCGCAUUUACUAAUUCAGGUUUUCGUCUUCAUCUCACAGAAAUUUAUUCUGAAGUGGUCCGUGCAUUAAUAGCUUUAACAAAUACACAAGCACAUGCCCCGCGACCGCUAAGUGCAAUAAAUUGAACGUUGGAGUAAGUAACACUAAAGCAGCAUCUGUAUAGGUUCAUUCACAUGCAGUUUUUCCAGUUCUCUCUGUUUAUUAGGAAUUGAUUCGAUAUCUUGUAGACGAACUUCUCAUAUAAUGACACCGCCUAUAUGCUAUACACCAUUGCAAAUCUGUUAAUAAAACGUUUAUGUUU